UUAGCGGGUCAUAGAACGUGUACCGGGAAGUAGGAAGUAAAUACAGAGGAGUAAAGGUGGCACUGGAUACAAGUCCGGCACCAUGCUAGAAGGCUACAGCCCCAUGACCCAGGCCCUGUUGGGGACUCUGUUCACCUGGGGUCUGACUGCUGCCGGAGCCGCCCUGGUGUUUGUCUUCUCAAGCCGACAGAAACGCAUCUUGGAUGGAAGUUUAGGCUUCGCGGCUGGGGUAAUGUUGGCUGCUUCCUAUUGGUCUUUGUUGGCACCGGCGAUCGACAUGGCUGAGGAUUCUGGGAAGUACGGCUCAUUUGCUUUUGUGCCUGUGGCCGUGGGAUUCACACUCGGGGCAGCCUUUGUGUACUUGGCUGACCUCGCCAUGCCCUUGCUGGGUGUAGGUGCUGACCCCCACUUGGCCUUGGCGCUGCCCCCUGAAUCCAAGCUGAUGAAAGAGAAAGUGGAGGAGCCCUCGUUCCCGCUGCUGGACUCUGAUGAGAUGACCAUCAGGAUAGGUAGAGCUGGACCUCACUCAGAUAAAAUAGAGAAUGGGGAUGUUUACCAGAGGAGGAAAGGACCUCAUUUGGGCAGCUCAGAAGGACAGGAAACAGGAAAUAAACAACAGGAAGGAGUUGGGCAAACAGGAAGCAGUUGGCGGCGCAUCCUUCUCCUCAUUCUUGCCAUCACCAUCCACAACAUCCCAGAGGGCUUGGCUGUGGGGGUUGGAUUUGGAGCCAUUGGAAAGACUUCAUCUGCUACUUUUGAGAGUGCCAGAAAUUUGGCCAUCGGCAUUGGCAUCCAGAAUUUCCCAGAAGGCUUGGCAGUGAGCCUGCCGCUGCGGGGAGCAGGGGUCUCAACAUGGACAGCUUUCUGGUACGGUCAGCUCAGUGGCAUGGUGGAGCCCAUUGCUGGGUUGCUGGGUGCCUUCGCUGUGGUUUACGCAGAACCUCUGCUGCCAUACGCAUUGGCGUUUGCUGCCGGGGCAAUGGUUUACGUGGUGGUGGACGACAUCAUACCUGAAGCUCAAGUCAGUGGAAACGGGAGGCUGGCAUCCUGGACCUCCAUUCUGGGCUUCGUAGUGAUGAUGUCACUCGACGUGGGGCUGGGCUGAAUUUACCAUGACUGGAAUCAUGUCAGCAGAACCCUCAAUGGCCAUGAUGUCAUCACUGUGCUUCUGACCUCAGUUUUAAAAAGGGGACCAAAGGUGUUUUCAUUGGGAAAUAUCCAUUGUGUUUGAAUUGUUGCUACUUGAAAUUUGUUAUAAAGGAAGAUCUGUUUUGUAAAGUUGUAAAGAUGACUGUACUUGAAAAUGUAUCUUUCACUUUAAUGGCAGGUGUCUCAUUUUGGAAUGAAUCUACAAAUAUUUAAUUAAUAUUCUCCUGUUUCCAGAGCUUAUGAAUGUUUUUAGAGGAAACAGUGCCAGUUCAAAAAGUUCAAAUUAAUGUUCUUGUUUUUUUGUGUGUUUUUAGUUUGCUUUCUCCAGUUUUUGUAUGUCAUCAUGAUGGCUGCACUUGAAGUCUGGUGUUGGAUCAGGUCGUUUAAGGGACCAUCCAAUGAAUGAUUACAUUUUGCUUACUGUACUCUAACUGCUGCCAUAUCACCAGCACAGCAUUGAGGUACUAUGUGGUUUAAAGGCUGUUUACUGAGGGAAUUGCUUUAUACUAUUAUCUCAGAAAUCUGAAGGAAAACAUGUUCAAUGUGAAACCCAUUAAGAAAUAGCUUCUUAUUUUUAUUAGCAAAAGCCACUCACACAUUGCCGACUGUUUUUAUGGUGUACUGAAAGAUUUCUGUACCGGUAUGACAUCUAUUGGUUUACUUAUUGAGACGUCUUCUCUAAAAAAAACACAAAAAACAAAUGAUAGCGUCUCCUUUUUCUACCAAAUGUAGUGCCUUCUGCUUUUUAGGACAGAGACAAGUCUCCUGACAUCUGCAGGUCAGUAUGAAGAAUCACAUGUUGUGGUCAGUGGCUGUUUAAAAUGCUCAAUGUAACUGAAUUACAUGUUAAGUAAUCAUAUAAUUAAACAACCAAAUGAU